CGAGGCGGCCCCCGGAACCAAAGAGCGCGGCCCGGCUGCAGCCCGGUCCUGCGCGCGGCGGACGGAGGCGGGAGGCGGCCAGCACGGCCCCGACGGCGGGAGCCCCGCUCUGGGCGGCGGGACCCGGCCCGGAGCUGCCAUGGCCCACAGCCGCUCGCGGAAGCGCUCGCGGAGCAGGAGCAAAAGCGACUCUCGGAGCAGGCAGGAGAGGAAGGAGAAGAAAAGGAGGAAGAGCAGCAAGGACUCGCAGCAGGGCAGCAGCUCUCCACUGAGGAAGAGGAUCUCUGGCUCUCAUGGACACUCCUCCAGCUUGGCAGCAGCCAGGGAAGAAAAGAAGGAAGGAAAGGACAAAAAGAAGAAGAAGGCCAGUACCUCUUCCUCUGGGAUGUCUUCGUCCACCAGCUCUUCCUCAUCUUCCUCUUCCUCCAGCUCCUCUUCUGAUGAUUCCAGUGACAGUGACUCCAAAGUGAAGAAGAGUCAAGACAGCAAAAAAAAGCGAGUGAAACAGAAAGACAAAAAGAAGAGGAAGAAGAAGAAGAAAAAAAUAAAGAAGAAAUCAAAGAAGAAGGCAAAGGAGAGGGCUAAGGAGGAGAAAGCCAAGGGAGAAGAGGUGCCUGGCCCCUCGCUGGAGCAGUGGCAGAAGGAGUCAGUGGUGGACUCUGGGCCAGUUCUGACAGAUGAACAGAAAUCCCGGAUCCAGGCCAUGAAGCCAAUGACAAAGGAGGAGUGGGACGCGAGGCAGAGCGUCAUCAGGAGAGUGGUGGAUCCCGAAACGGGGAGAACCAGACUCAUUAAGGGGGACGGGGAAGUCCUGGAAGAAAUCGUCAGCAAGGAGAGACACAAGGAGAUUAACAAGCAAGCCACACGUGGGGAUGGGCUGGCCUUCCAGGUGAGGACGGGGAUGCUGCAGUGAGGGCAGGCACAGCCAGCCCUGGAGCCCGUCCAGUGCCCCUGCCAGCCCAGGGGGAGCCUCUGCCUCUGGACCACACAGACAGCAGCGUGUCAAGAUGUUCCCCAGGGGCCCUUUCCAGCUGCUCUGUAAGUUACUGACUGGGAAGGAGAGUGACUUUAGUGGCUCCUCUCCCAGUAAACAGCUUCUCCCCUCCCUGUCCCAGCUCAGGCCAGUGUGGCUCUAAUGCACCUGAGCCAUUUGCUCCAGUGCUCCUCUGGAUGCUGGAGGAGCUCAGCAGCACCCAGGGCACAGGCUCAAGGGUGCUGAGCACCUCAGGGUGCUCUGGGCUUUGGGGGGCAGGAGCCAAUGCUGUGGCCAGAACAGGGUGUGUACCAAGGCCACAAAACACAGCUGGCUGCCACUUCUUCCCCUCAGGGGCUGCCCAUGGCCCUUUCCCUGCUGGAUCUGGCUCACAGGCUCUCUGCACACUGAGCCUGCUCAGAGAGGAGUGACUGUGGCUCUGCUCAGGCUGCAGCUCCUCUGCACCCCUGAGUGCCACCCUCCACUGUGCCCCAGGGCUUCUCCCAGCCUUCCUGCAGCUUCACCUCCUCGGGUAGGGGAGCACUGACCUGGCACACUGCACUGGCAUCUGUGCAGGUGUGUGCUUUGUGCAGGGGUGGCUUUGCCUUGCUCUCUGCUCCUGCAUGCAACUCGUGUCCCUUCCCCACAGCACCGGCCCUGGGCAGCGCUGGGGCUCUGGGCUUCUCAGGGCCCAGGGCUGCUCUGAAGUGAACACAGCAGCCUUUUCCCUUGCUGGGAAGUCCAUAAAUCUGCAAACUGUAAAAAAGAAAAGGACAAAUGGGUUAAAGGACAAACGGGUCCUGCAGGACUGAUCUCCACAGAGGGUUUCCUCAUUCUGUUCAUGGCUGUAACCCCAUUAAACUGGUACCUGCUCACA